UGCCUGAGGCUGGAUGGGGAGAGGUCUUAAGAACCGGGACAGGGAAGGAAGGUAGGUCAGGAAGGCCCACACGGAACUUUCUGGGGUGAUGGGCACGCUCUAUUUGUUGAUCUGGGCGACGGUUACACAGGUGUACACAUAUAUAAAAAUUAGUGGAGCUGAACACGUAAGGUCUGGGCAUCGCACUGUAUGUAAGUUAAACUUCAGUAAAGUGCUCUCGGCACACAUCCGCAGCCACACCCACACAAAAUCCCAGGAGGCUCAGUACCAGCUGUGGUCCGGGCCUUACCCACUUCGGAGAGGCCACGACCCAAGGCAUCCGGUUUCCUCUCGCUCCAGUUCAACUUCCGCGCUUACGAGGGCCGGGACUGCAGCUACCUUUCUGGAAGGCGCCGGCCAGCCAGUCACCGGCUGAAUCCCGCAGGAGGCGGCUCCCAGUCUCCGGCUGCGGGGCAGAGACCCGGGCGCCCCGCCCUCGCCAGCGCCCGCCCCCGCCCGCCCCCGCCCGCCCCCAGCCCGCCUCCAGCCCGCCCUCCGUAUCUGGCCCCUGGGCAGCUGUCCCGGGAGGCGGCCAGCGAGUUGGGGCCGCGCGAUGUCACACGGAGCCGGGCUCGUCCGCACCACGUGCAGCAGCGGCAGCGCGCUCGGACCCGGGGCCGGCGCGGCCCAGCCCAGCGCCAGCCCCUUGGAGGGGCUGCUGGACCCCAGCUAUCCCCGGACCCACGCGGCCCUGCUGAAAGUGGCGCAGAUGGUCACCCUGCUGAUUGCCUUCAUCUGCGUGCGGAGCUCCCCGUGGACCAACUACAGCGCCUACAGCUACUUUGAAGUGGUCACCAUUUGCGACUUGAUAAUGAUCCUCGCCUUUUACCUGGUCCACCUGUUCCGCUUCUACCGCGUGCUCACCUGUAUCAGCUGGCCCUUGUCGAUCUUUGGUUUCAUGGCCACCUUCCUCUGCAUGGCAAGCGUAUGGCUGUCCUACAAGAUCUCGUGUGUAACCCAGUCCACAGAUACAGCCGUCUGAUGAGGCCACAACCCCUGGGCCCCUCAGGAGCUUUGCAAAGAGGACGUGUACUCCAGGCGAGGCCUGUGGACCUGUGUUCCUGUGCCAAAGUCCUGUCAGGCUGGUGGGAACCAGGAAAGAAAGGCCUGCCCCCUCUUCCUGUUCUCCCCGGAAGCCAGCUCCCAGAGCUCCUGAGCCAGCCGGAAACUCUUCCUCCAGCCUUCCGGGGAGAAUAUUCCUCCCCUUCUGGAAAAGGAAAGCAGCCUCCAGGGAAAUCUGUUUUCUGCCUUCCUGCUUCUAGAACCACCUCAGGUACUGGAGGGGUUUGUGAAUACUCCUGCCUAAAUCCCUUCUACUUCACUCCUCAGUGGGGAGUGAAGCGCCUUAAGAAACAAAGCCCCCUCCUAAUUUAUCUAGCUUGUCAAUCCAGUCUUAGAGAUACCCUCUUUCCUGAAGCGAGGCGUGCCUGUAGAAACACUAUGUGGUUAGCCUGUCCCUAAGGAGAUCUCGCGUCUCCUCUCCGUCUCCGCCUUUGUUACCAUUGUACACAUGUUUAUGCGUUUUUUAAUAAAAUAUUGACUCGGCCAGUUGCA